AUCCGCGGUCUCCUUAGCUGUCAUGUUACGGUGAUGUGGCGGAGUCCGUGAUAGCGCAGGUUUUGUCUUUAGCUUUGGUCGAUAGCGGCUUAUUUAACGACAAAAAAAUGUCUGAUGGUGGAGGAGGCGAGGACGGCGGUGGCACGAUGGAGGUGUCUGCGGCCGUGCAGACAGUGGCGGACACCUCGGUGCUGCAGAAACACAUUAGGAAACUGGUGCCUCUGCUGCUGGAAGAUGGCGGCGAGGUGCCGGCCUCUCUGGAAACCGCCCUGGAGGAAAAGAGCGCGGUUGAACAGAUGAAAAAAUUCUUGGCCGAUCCUCAGAUUCACGCCAUUUUAGUUGAGCGGAGCUGUCUGAAAGAGGAUGUUGGAGAUGAAGGCGAGGAGGAGAAAGAGUGCAUUUCUUACUCAGUCAGUAUUGACAUCCACUAUGGGAUUAAAUCCAACAGCUUGGCUUUAAUUAAGAGAACUGGGGUCAUCGAUGCUGACAAGCCCAUUUCAACCCAAGUCCGGGUUCUAACCCUGAGUGAAGAUUCUCCCUAUGAGACACUGCAUUCUUUUAUCAGCAAUGCUGUGGCUCCCUUCUUCAAAUCCUACAUCCGGGAGUCCGGUAAAGCUGACAGGGAUGGAGAUAAGAUGGCUCCCUCCGUAGAGAAAAAGAUUGCAGAGCUUGAGAUGGGGCUGCUACAUCUGCAGCAGAACAUAGAAAUUCCAGAGAUCAGUCUCCUCAUUCAUCCCAUCAUCACCAACAUUGCCAAGCAGUGCUAUGAACGUGGGGAGAAGCCUAAGGUUACAGACUUUGGAGAUAAAGUAGAAGACCCCACCUUCCUUAACCAACUGCAGUCGGGUGUUAAUCGCUGGAUCAGGGAAAUCCAGAAGGUGACUAAACUGGAUAGAGAUCCUGCUUCUGGUACAGCACUGCAGGAAAUCAGCUUCUGGCUGAACCUUGAACGUGCCCUCAAUCGCAUUCAAGAGAAGAGAGAAAGUCCAGAGGUCUUGCUCACCUUGGACAUUCUUAAGCAUGGCAAAAGAUUCCAUGCCACUGUCAGCUUUGACACAGACACUGGUCUGAAGCAGGCUGUAGAGACUGUAAAUGACUACAACCCUCUGAUGAAAGACUUUCCACUCAACGAUCUGUUGUCAGCCACAGAGCUGGAUAAAAUCCGACAAGCCCUGGUGGCCAUCUUUACACACCUCCGCAAAAUUCGCAACACCAAGUAUCCCAUCCAGCGAGCCCUGCGUUUGGUUGAGGCCAUUUCCCGUGACCUCAGCUCCCAGCUCCUUAAAGUGCUGGGUACACGCAAGCUCAUGCAUGUGGCAUAUGAAGAAUUUGAGAAGGUGAUGGUGGCUUGCUUUGAAGUAUUCCAGACCUGGGAGGAUGAAUAUGAGAAACUACAGGUGCUCCUGAGAGACAUUGUGAAGAGAAAGAGGGAGGAGAAUCUCAAGAUGGUGUGGCGCCUCAGCCCUGCACACAGAAAGCUGCAGGCCCGUUUGGAUCAUAUGAGACGCUUUAGGAGACAGCAUGAACAGCUGAGAGCUGUAAUUGUCCGUGUGUUGAGACCUCAGGUAUCUGCUGUUCCCCAGCAUGCACAGGGUGAAGCAGUAGAACCUCCGGACAUGAAAGUGGCAGAAGUCCUUUUUGAUGCUGCCGAUGCUAAUGCCAUUGAAGAAGUCAACUUGGCUUAUGAGAAUGUUAAGGAAGUGGAUGGAUUGGAUGUCUCAAAGGAGGGAAUGGAGGCCUGGGAAGCUGCGAUGAAGCGAUAUGAUGAGCGUAUUGACCGCGUAGAGACCCGAAUUACCGCCCGCCUCCGUGACCAGCUAGGCACGGCCAAGAACGCCAAUGAGAUGUUCCGUAUCUUCUCACGCUUCAAUGCUCUCUUUGUCCGCCCCCACAUCCGUGGAGCUAUCCGUGAGUACCAGACCCAGCUUAUUCAGCGCGUGAAGGAUGACAUAGAGUCCUUGCACGACAAGUUCAAAGUGCAGUACCCUCAGAGCCAAUCUUGUAAGAUGAGCCAUGUGCGCGACUUGCCCCCGGUCUCUGGCUCAAUCAUCUGGGCCAAGCAAAUCGAUCGACAGCUGACUGCCUACAUGAAACGUGUGGAGGAUGUUCUGGGGAAAGGCUGGGAGAAUCACGUGGAGGGUCUGAAACUGAAGCAGGAUGGAGACAGUUUUCGUGCCAAGCUCAACACCCAAGAGAUCUUUGAUGACUGGGCCCGCAAAGUGCAGCAGCGCAACCUUGGCGUCUCAGGCCGAAUCUUCACCAUUGAAAGCAGUCGAGCUCGUGGCCGCACAGGAAGCAUGCUGAAACUGAAAGUUAACUUUUUGCCAGAGAUCAUUACCCUGUCCAAGGAGGUUCGUAAUCUAAAGUGGCUUAGCUUCCGUGUUCCUUUGGCCAUCGUUAACAAAGCUCAUCAGGCCAACCAGCUAUAUCCUUUUGCCAUCUCACUCAUCGAGAGCGUACGCACCUAUGAGCGUACUUGUGAAAAGGUGGAGGAGAGGAUCUCCAUUGCACCGUUGGUGGCUGGUUUGAAAAAAGAAGUUCAGGCCCUGAUCACAGAGGGCAUUGCUCUGGUCUGGGAAUCCUACAAACUUGACCCAUACGUCCAGCGACUGGCUGAAACAGUCUUCAACUUUCAAGAGAAGGUGGAUGACCUCCUUUUGAUUGAAGAAAAGAUAGACUUGGAGGUCCGCUCUCUUGAGACUUGCAUGUAUGACCAUAAAAUGUUCUCGGAGAUCCUUAACCGUGUCCAGAAGGCUGUUGAUGACCUGAAUCUGCAUUCAUAUUCCAAUCUGCCCAUCUGGGUCAACAAAUUGGACAUUGAGAUUGAGCGCAUCCUUGGAGUACGUCUCCAGGCUGGCCUUAGGGCUUGGACGCAGGUUCUUAGAGGACAGAUGGAAGACAAGGCAGAUGUAGAUAUGGACACUGAAGCACCACAAGUCAGCCAUAAGCCUGGAGGAGAACCAAAAAUCAAGAAUGUCGUCCAUGAACUGAGAAUUACAAACCAAGUUAUCUACCUUAAUCCUCCGAUUGAAGACUGCCGUUACAAGCUCUACCAGGAAAUGUUUGCAUGGAAAAUGGUCAUUCUGUCGUUGCCACGGAUCCAGAGUCAAAGAUACCAGGUGGGUGUCCACUAUGAGCUUUCUGAAGAAGAGAAAUACUACAGGAAUGCUCUGACUAGAAUGCCCGAUGGACCUGCAGCUCUGGAAGAGGCUUACAGUGCUGUCAAGGAAAAUGUCUCUGAGGUGGAACAGUAUGUCAAGGUUUGGCUGCAGUAUCAGUGUUUGUGGGACAUGCAGCCUGAGAACAUCUAUAACCGCUUGGGCGAGGAUCUCAAUAAGUGGCAGGCUCUGUUGGUGCAGAUCCGCAAAGCCAGAGGAACUUUCGACAAUGCUGAAACAAGGAAGGAGUUUGGCCCAGUAAUCAUAGACUAUGGAAAGGUCCAGUCAAAAGUGAACCUAAAAUAUGAUUCCUGGCAUAAGGAGGUGCUCAGCAAGUUUGGACAGAUGCUGGGCAAUAACAUGCAGGACUUCCAUUCCCAAAUCUCCAAGUCUCGCCAAGAGCUGGAGCAGCAUUCAGUGGAUACAGCCAGCACUUCUGAUGCUGUUACAUUCAUAACAUAUGUUCAGGCGCUCAAACGUAAGAUCAAACAGUUUGAGAAGCAAGUUGAUCUCUUCCGUAAUGGCCAGCGUCUUCUGGAGAAACAGCGUUUCCAGUUCCCUCCUUCCUGGCUAUACAUUGACAACAUAGAAGGGGAAUGGGGGGCCUUUAGUGAUAUCAUGAAACGCAAGGACACCGCUAUCCAGCAGCAAGUGGCAAACCUACAGAUGAAGAUUGUUCAGGAGGACCGUGCUGUAGAGAACCGCACCUCAGAUCUACUCACAGACUGGGAGAAAACCAAACCAGUAGCUGGAAACCUUCGUCCAGAAGAAGCCUUGCAGUCCCUCACCAUCUAUGAAGGAAAGUUUGGGCGGCUGAAGGAUGACCGAGAGAAAUGCGCCAAGGCUAAGGAAGCUUUAGAGUUAACAGACACUGGUCUUCUGAGUGGCAGUGAGGAGAGAGUUCAGGUUGCAUUAGAGGAGUUGCAGGAUCUUAAGGGUGUGUGGUCUGAGCUAUCAAAGGUCUGGGAGCAGAUUGAUCAGAUGAAAGAACAGCCUUGGGUGUCUGUUCAGCCACGCAAGUUGCGUCAAAGUUUGGAUGCUCUCCUGAAUCAACUAAAGAACUUCCCUGCACGUCUCCGGCAGUAUGCCUCCUAUGAAUAUGUACAAAGGCUGCUCAAAGGCUACUUGAAGGUAAAUAUGCUGGUGAUUGAACUGAAAUCCGAGGCUCUGAAGGACCGACACUGGAAGCAGCUGAUGAAACGCCUGCAUGUGAAUUGGGUACUAUCAGAGCUAACACUGGGACAGAUUUGGGAUGUAGACCUGCAGAAGAAUGAGAUGGUGGUGAAGGAUGUGCUGCUGGUGGCUCAAGGAGAGAUGGCCCUUGAAGAGUUCCUUAAACAGAUUCGAGAAGUCUGGAACUCGUAUGAGCUUGACUUGGUCAACUAUCAGAACAAGUGUCGUCUCAUCCGAGGAUGGGAUGAUCUCUUCAACAAAGUCAAAGAGCACAUCAACAGCGUGUCUGCCAUGAAGCUAUCUCCAUACUAUAAGGUCUUUGAAGAGGAUGCCCUGAGCUGGGAGGACAAGUUGAACCGCAUCAUGGCUUUGUUUGAUGUCUGGAUAGACGUGCAGAGGCGCUGGGUCUACUUGGAAGGCAUUUUCACCGGCAGUGCAGACAUCAAACAUCUUCUUCCUGUGGAGACACAGCGCUUCCAGAGCAUCAGCACAGAGUUCCUGGCUCUUAUGAAGAAGGUGACCAAGUCUCCCCUUGUCAUGGAUGUUCUGAACAUCCAGGGAGUUCAAAGGUCACUAGAGAGGCUGGCAGACCUCCUGGGAAAGAUCCAGAAGGCUUUGGGAGAAUAUUUAGAGAGGGAGCGCUCAUCCUUCCCCAGGUUCUACUUUGUUGGUGAUGAAGACUUGCUUGAGAUCAUUGGCAACAGCAAGAAUGUGGCUAAGCUGCAGAAGCACUUCAAGAAAAUGUUUGCUGGAGUGGCCAGCAUCCUCCUGAACGAAGAUAACACAGAAGUCCUGGGCAUCUCAUCUCGUGAGGGAGAAGAGGUCCUCUUUAAGACUCCUGUGUCCAUCACGGAACACCCAAAGAUCAACGAGUGGCUGACCCUGGUAGAGAAAGAGAUGCGGGUCACUUUGGCCAAAUUGCUUGCUGAGGCAGUCACCGAAGUAGGAGCCUUUAACAAGGGCACUGGAAUUGAUCUUGGCACCUACAUCAACUGGAUCGACAGAUAUCAGGCACAGUUGGUGGUUCUGUCCGCUCAGAUUGACUGGUCUGAGAACGUGGAGUCCGCUCUGACCACCAUCGCAGGUGGGGACAACAUGGCUCCAAUGCAGGCUGUGCUGGCUAAUGUUGAGGCCACACUGAACCUGCUGGCUGACACUGUGCUGAUGGAACAGCCUCCUAUCCGCAGGAAAAAGCUGGAGCAUCUGAUCACAGAGCUCGUCCACCAGAGGGACGUGACCAGGACCCUCAUCAAGAACAAAAUUGACAACCCCAAGUCUUUCGAAUGGCUGAGCCAGAUGCGCUUCUACUUUGACCCCAAGCAGACUGAUGUACUACAGCAACUGUCCAUUCAGAUGGCCAACGCAAAGUUCAACUAUGGCUUUGAGUACCUGGGUGUGCAGGAGAAGCUGGUACAGACCCCACUCACAGACCGAUGCUACCUCACCAUGACCCAGGCUCUGGAGGCCCGUUUGGGAGGAUCUCCAUUUGGCCCUGCUGGAACUGGAAAGACUGAAUCCGUCAAAGCUCUUGGCCACCAGCUUGGGCGUUUCGUCCUGGUCUUCAACUGCGACGAGACCUUUGACUUCCAGGCAAUGGGCCGCAUCUUUGUUGGCCUGUGUCAGGUGGGUGCCUGGGGCUGCUUUGACGAGUUUAACCGACUUGAAGAGAGGAUGUUGUCAGCUGUUUCCCAGCAGGUUCAGUACAUUCAGGUGGCCCUGAGGGAGCAUAGCAACCCCAACCGAGACCGCAGCACCCCGGUAACCACCGAACUGCUGAACAAACAGGUGAAGGUGAGCCCUGAAAUGGCCAUCUUCAUCACCAUGAAUCCUGGCUAUGCUGGCCGUUCCAACCUGCCUGAUAACCUGAAGAAGCUGUUCCGCAGCCUGGCCAUGACCAAACCUGACCGCCAGCUCAUUGCGCAGGUUAUGCUGUACUCGCAGGGCUUCCGCACCGCCGAGACCCUUGCCAAGAAGAUCGUCCCCUUUUUCAAGCUGUGUGACGAGCAGCUCUCCUCUCAGUCUCACUACGACUUUGGUCUGCGGGCACUGAAAAGUGUGCUCAUCAGUGCUGGAAAUGUAAAGCGAGAGCGGAUCCAGAAGAUCAAACGAGAAAAGUGCGAGCGUGGCGAGGAUGUGGAUGAGAAUGAGAUCGCAGAGAACCUUCCUGAGCAGGAGAUUCUCAUCCAGAGUGUGUGUGAGACCAUGGUGCCCAAGCUGGUGGCAGAGGACAUCCCACUGCUCUUCAGCCUGCUGUCGGAUGUCUUCCCUGGCGUGCAGUACAUGCGUGGGGAAAUGACUGCUCUGAGGGAGGAGCUCAAGAAGGUCUGUGCGGAGAUGUACCUUACCUACGGAGAUGGCGAUGAUGUCGGCAGCAUGUGGGUGGAGAAGGUCCUUCAACUGUAUCAGAUCACGCAGAUCAACCAUGGCCUGAUGAUGGUGGGCCCAUCUGGCAGCGGAAAGACCAUGGCCUGGCGCGUGCUGCUCAAAGCCCUGGAAAGAUUGGAGGGGGUCGAGGGAGUGGCGCAUAUCAUUGACCCCAAAGCCAUCAGCAAGGACCACCUGUACGGAACUCUAGACCCCAACACCCGCGAGUGGACUGAUGGGCUCUUCACUCAUGUGCUCAGGAAAAUCAUUGAUAAUGUCCGUGGAGAACUGCAGAAGAGGCAGUGGAUCAUCUUCGAUGGUGAUGUAGAUCCAGAGUGGGUAGAGAACCUGAACUCUGUGUUGGAUGACAACAAGCUGCUGACCCUUCCCAAUGGAGAACGUCUCAGCCUGCCGCCCAACGUGCGUGUUAUGUUUGAGGUGCAGGACCUGAAGUAUGCUACGCUGGCCACUGUGUCCCGCUGUGGUAUGGUGUGGUUCAGCGAGGAUGUCCUCAGUACUGACAUGAUCUUCAACAACUUCCUGUUCCGCCUGCGCAGCAUCCCAUUGGAUGAGGGUGAGGAUGAGGCACAGCGCAUGCGCAAGGGCACUGAAGAUGAAGGAGAGGAGGCUGCUUCCCCCAUGCUGCAGAUCCAGAGGGAUGCAUCAGCCAUUCUGCAGCCCUACUUUACCUCCACUGGCCUGGUUAUCAAGGCCCUCGAGCAUGCAUCCAAGAUGGAGCACAUCAUGGACUUCACACGUAUGCGUUGUCUAGGCUCCCUCUUUUCCAUGCUGCACCAGGCCUGUCGCAAUAUCGCUCUCUACAACAACAACCACCCAGACUUCCCCAUGCCCAUCGACCAGCUGGAGAAGUAUAUACAGAAAUAUCUGAUUUACGCUGUGCUAUGGUCCUUCUCUGGUGAUGGCAAGCUGAAGAUGAGGGCAGAGCUUGGAGAGUAUAUUCGCCGCAUCACCACUGUGCCUCUUCCAUCAGCACCUAAUGUUCCAAUUAUCGAUUAUGAGGUGUGCAUCACAGGUGAGUGGCAGUCCUGGCAGGGUAAGGUGCCCCAGAUUGAGGUGGAGACUCACAAAGUGGCUGCUCCUGAUGUGGUAGUGCCCACUCUGGACACGGUGCGGCACGAAGCUCUGCUUUACACUUGGCUGGCUGAGCACAAGCCUCUGGUUCUGUGUGGCCCUCCAGGCUCUGGUAAAACUAUGACCCUCUUCAGCGCCCUCCGUGCCCUCCCAGACAUGGAGGUUGUAGGUUUGAACUUCUCUAGUGCCACCACACCAGAGCUGCUGCUGAAGACAUUUGAUCAUUACUGUGAGUACCGUCGCACACCUAAUGGUGUGGUGUUGGCCCCUGUGCAGCUGGGCAAGUGGUUAGUGCUCUUCUGUGAUGAAAUCAAUCUGCCAGAUAUGGACAAAUAUGGGACACAGAGAGUCAUCUCCUUCAUUAGACAGAUGGUGGAGCAUGGAGGAUUCUACCGUACUUCUGAUCAGACUUGGGUGAAACUGGAGAGAAUCCAGUUUGUGGGUGCCUGUAACCCUCCUACAGACCCUGGGAGAAAGCCCCUCUCUUACAGAUUCUUGCGCCAUGUCCCGGUGGUGUAUGUGGAUUACCCAGGCCCUGCCUCCCUCACACAGAUCUAUGGCACUUUCAAUAGGGCCAUGCUCCGACUCAUUCCUUCACUGCGCACUUAUGCAGAUCCUCUCACUGCAGCCAUGGUGGAGUUCUACACAAUGUCUCAGGAGCGAUUCACCCAGGACACCCAGCCUCACUAUAUCUACUCCCCGAGAGAGAUGACUCGCUGGGUGAGGGGUAUCUUUGAGGCGCUGCGGCCUCUGGAGACCCUACCUGUUGAAGGACUAAUCCGCAUCUGGGCCCAUGAGGCUUUGCGUCUGUUCCAGGACCGGCUGGUGGAGGAUGAAGAGAGACGGUGGACUGAUGAGAACAUUGACAAUGUGGCACUAAAACACUUCCCCAACAUUGACCGAGAGAAGGCCCUCAACCGCCCCAUCCUUUAUAGCAACUGGCUAUCCAAGGACUACAUCCCAGUGGAGCAGGAAGAGCUGCGUGAUUAUGUUAAGGCCCGUCUGAAGGUUUUCUAUGAGGAGGAGCUGGACGUUCCUCUUGUGCUCUUCAAUGAGGUCCUAGAUCAUGUGUUGAGAAUUGACAGAAUCUUCCGUCAACCACAGGGUCAUCUUCUCCUGAUCGGUGUCAGUGGUGCAGGAAAGACCACACUGUCACGUUUUGUAGCCUGGAUGAAUGGCUUAAGUGUAUAUCAGAUCAAGGUCCAUAGGAAAUACACAGGGGAAGACUUUGAUGAGGACCUGCGAACAGUCCUUCGUAGGUCUGGAUGCAAAAAUGAGAAGAUCGCAUUCAUCAUGGACGAGUCAAAUGUGCUCGACUCUGGCUUCUUGGAGCGCAUGAACACACUGCUGGCCAAUGGAGAGGUGCCUGGUCUGUUUGAGGGUGAUGAAUAUGCCACACUGAUGACCCAGUGUAAGGAAGGGGCCCAGAAGGAAGGUCUGAUGCUGGACACUCAUGAGGAACUGUACAAGUGGUUCACCAGUCAAGUAAUCAGGAACUUGCAUGUGGUCUUUACCAUGAACCCCUCUUCCGAGGGUCUGAAAGACCGUGCUGCCACCUCUCCUGCUCUGUUCAACAGAUGUGUGCUGAACUGGUUUGGAGAUUGGUCCACUGAGGCCCUCUACCAAGUGGGCAAAGAGUUUACCAGCAAGAUGGACCUGGAAAAGCCCAAUUACAAAGUCCCAGACUACAUGCCCAUUGUUUACGACAAACUGCCCCAACCUCCCACCCACCGCGAAGCUAUUGUCAAUGGUUGCGUGUUUGUUCAUCAGACUCUACACCAGGCUAACAACCGUCUGGCGAAGCGUGGCGGCCGAACCAUGGCCAUCACCCCACGUCACUACCUGGACUUCAUCAACCAUUAUGCCAACUUGUUUAAUGAGAAACGCAGUGAGCUGGAGGAGCAGCAGAUGCACCUUAAUGUUGGGCUGCGCAAAAUCAAAGAGACCGUCGAUCAGGUUGAGGAGCUGCGCAGGGAUCUGAGGAUAAAGAGCCAGGAACUGGAAGUGAAGAAUGCAGCUGCCAACGACAAGCUAAAGAAGAUGGUCAAAGAUCAACAGGAGGCUGAAAAGAAGAAGGUGAUGAGUCAGGAGAUUCAGGAAGCAGUCUACAAGCAACAAGAAGUCAUCAAAGAAAAACAACUGAGUGUGAAGCAGGAUCUGGACCAGGUGGAGCCCGCAGUCAUUGAGGCUCAGAAUGCUGUUAAGUCCAUUAAGAAGCAGCACUUGGUGGAGGUGCGGUCCAUGGCCAACCCACCGGCGGCGGUGAAACUGGCUCUGGAGUCCAUCUGCCUGCUGCUGGGCGAGAGCACCACCGAUUGGAAGCAGAUUCGGUCCAUCAUAAUGCGCGAGAACUUCAUCCCUACUAUCGUUAACUUUUCUGCUGAAGAGAUCAGUGAUGCUAUCCGUGAGAAGAUGAAGAAGAACUACAUGUCCAACCCCAGUUACAACUAUGAGCAGGUCAACCGAGCCUCACUGGCCUGUGGGCCUAUGGUUAAAUGGGCCAUUGCACAGCUGAAUUACGCAGAUAUGUUGAAACGUGUGGAGCCUCUGAGGAAUGAGCUGCAGAAGCUUGAGGAUGAUGCCAAGGAUAAUAAGCACAAGGCUGAAGAAGUAGAACAGAUGAUCCGUGACCUAGAGGCCAGCAUUGCCCGCUAUAAGGAAGAGUAUGCCGUGUUGAUUUCAGAGGCUCAGGCCAUCAAGGCUGACCUCGCUGCUGUAGAGGCUAAGGUGAACCGCAGCACAGCCCUGCUGAAGAGCUUGUCUGCUGAACGGGAGCGCUGGGAGAAGACCAGUGAGACCUUCAAGAACCAGAUGUCUACCAUUGCUGGUGACUGCCUACUGUCUGCUGCCUUUAUCGCCUACGCUGGCUACUUUGACCAGCAAAUGAGGCAGAACCUUUUCACUACCUGGUCACACCAUCUCCAGCAGGCCAACAUUCAGUUCCGCACAGACAUUGCUCGGACAGAAUACUUGUCCAAUGCUGAUGAGAGGCUGCGCUGGCAGGCCAACUCACUGCCUGCUGAUGACCUCUGCACUGAGAAUGCAAUCAUGCUCAAGAGAUUCAACAGGUAUCCCUUGAUUAUUGAUCCCUCUGGUCAGGCCACGGAGUUCAUAAUGAAUGAAUAUAAGGAUCGCAAGAUCACUCGUACUAGCUUCUUGGACGAUGCGUUUAGGAAAAACUUGGAAAGCGCGCUGAGAUUUGGCAACCCUCUGCUGGUGCAGGACGUGGAGAGCUACGACCCUAUCCUGAACCCUGUGCUCAACCGAGAGGUGCGCAGAACUGGUGGACGAGUCCUUAUCACCCUUGGAGACCAGGAUAUUGACUUGUCGCCUUCCUUUGUCAUCUUCCUUUCCACUCGAGACCCAACAGUGGAGUUCCCACCAGACCUGUGCUCGCGUGUGACUUUCGUGAAUUUCACGGUAACCAGGAGCAGUCUGCAAAGUCAGUGCCUCAACGAGGUGCUGAAGGCCGAGCGGCCAGAUGUGGAUGAAAAGCGUUCAGAUCUUCUCAAGCUGCAGGGUGAGUUCCAGCUGCGUUUGCGCCAGUUGGAGAAAUCCCUCUUACAGGCCCUGAACGAGGUCAAAGGUCGCAUCCUGGAUGAUGAUACUAUUAUCACCACCUUGGAGAACCUGAAGAAGGAGGCAGCAGAGGUGACCAGAAAAGUGGAGGAGACGGACAUUGUCAUGCAGGAAGUGGAAACUGUUUCCCAGCAGUAUCUGUCCCUGUCCACUGCCUGCAGCAGCAUUUACUUCACCAUGGAAGCUCUUAACCAGAUGCACUUCCUGUAUCAGUACUCCUUGCACUUGUUCCUGGACAUCUACCACACUGUGCUAUAUGAGAAUGCCAGCCUGAAGAAUGUGAAUGACCACACUCAGCGUUUGUCACUCAUCACCAAGGACUUGUUCCAGGUUGCAUUUAAUAGAGUGGCUCGAGGUAUGCUUCACCAGGACCACAUCACUUUUGCCAUGCUGUUGGCAAGAAUCAAGCUGAAAGGCAUAAACAGUGAACCUUCGUAUGACGCAGAGUUCCAGCAUUUUCUGCGCGGAAAGGAGAUUGUCCUGACGGGCACUGCUGUACCGAAGGUGAAGGGCCUGACUACAGAGCAGAGCGAGGCCAUGGUCCGUCUCAGCCGCCUACCCGCUUUCAAAGACCUGGUGGAUAAAGUACAGGCUGAUGAGCAAUUCUUCAUGUGGCUUGAGAGCAAUUCCCCCGAGUUGUCUGUGCCAUACCUGUGGGCAGAGGAAAAGACAACAACUCCCAUUGGCCAGGCUGUGCACCAGAUACUGUUGAUCCAGGCAUUCAGACCAGAUCGUCUGUUAGCCAUGUCAAACAUCUUUGUGUCCAAGGUCUUGGGAGACACUUUCAUGUCCAUUAUUGAACAGCCCCUGGACCUGGCCAAUAUUGUGGACAGUGAGGUGAAGCCAGGAACUCCUGUGCUGAUGUGCUCUGUGCCUGGCUAUGACGCCAGCGGUCUGGUCCGAGAUCUGGCAGCUGAGCAGAACAAACACAUCACUUCCAUCUCCAUUGGUUCUGCUGAGGGCUUCAACAAGGCAGACAGAGACAUUAACACUGCAGUGAAAUCUGGCAGGUGGGUUAUGUUGGAGAACGUGCACCUGGCUCCUGGUUGGCUCAUGCAACUGGAGAAGAAGCUGCAUUCCAUGCAACCUCAUGCCAGUUUCCGCCUGUUUCUCACGAUGGAAAUCAACCCCAAGGUCCCAGUGAACCUGCUGCGUGCUGGACGCAUCUUUGUCUUUGAACCACCUCCUGGUGUAAAGGCCAACAUGCUGAGAACUUUCAGCAGUAUUCCAGUGGCUCGUAUGUGCAAGGCUCCAAAUGAGCGUGCUCGCCUGUACUUCCUCCUGGCCUGGUUCCAUGCAGUCAUCCAGGAACGGCUCCGUUAUGCACCACUUGGUUGGUCCAAGAAAUAUGAGUUUGGAGAGUCUGACUUGCGUUCAGCCUGUGACACUGUGGACACCUGGUUGGAUGACACUGCAAAGGGUCGGCAGAACAUCUCUCCUGACAAGAUACCAUGGGCAGCACUGAAGACCUUAAUGGCGCAGUCGAUUUAUGGAGGUCGCAUCGAUAAUGAGUUUGACCAGCGGCUCCUCAACACCUUCCUUGAGCGCAUCUUCACCACGGGCAGCUUUGACAGCGAGUUCAAGCUGGCUUUCAAAGUGGAUGGCCACAAGGACAUCAAAAUGCCAGAUGGCAUUCGACGUGAGGAGUUCAUGCACUGGGUGGAGAUGCUCCCAGACACUCAGACUCCAUCUUGGCUAGGGUUGCCGAGUAACGCAGAGAGGGUUCUGCUUGCCACUCAGGGCACUGACAUGAUGGGUAAGCUGCUGAAAAUGCAGAUGCUGGAGGAUGAGGACGACCUGGCCUAUGAAACUGAAAAGAGGCAGCGUACAGCAUCCUCUUCAGAUGCCCAACCAGCGUGGAUGAGGACCCUGCAUACAACUGCCUGCAACUGGCUCCAGCUCAUACCCCUGUCUGUAAACCCCCUUAAACGCACUGUGGAGAACAUCAAGGAUCCUCUGUUCCGUUUCUUUGAGCGGGAGGUGAAGAUGGGUGCUCGUAUGCUGCAAGAUGUGCGUCAGGACCUCACUGAUGUUGUGCAGGUGUGUGAGGGCAAGAAGAAGCAGACCAAUGUCUUGCGAACACUGAUCAACGACCUCGUCAAAGGCAUUCUGCCCCGUAGCUGGUGCCGUUACACUGUUCCUGCUUCCCUGACUGUGAUCCAGUGGGUGGCUGACUUCAGUGAGCGCAUCAAGCAACUGCAACAGAUCUCCCAGGGAGCAGCCAGUGGAGGCGCCAAAGAGCUGAAGAACAUCCACGUGAACCUAGGCAGUCUGUUUGUGCCGGAGGCCUACAUCACCGCUACCCGGCAGUAUGUGGCUCAGGCCAACAGCUGGUCCCUGGAGGAGCUUGGCCUGGAGGUCAAUGUCACUUCUGCACAGGGAGCAGCACUGGAUGCUUGCAGCUUCGGCAUUAAGGGGUUGAAGCUACAGGGAGCAACCUGUACCAACAAUAAACUCUCCCUCUCUACUGCCAUCUCCACUGAGCUGCCACUCACGCAGCUGCGUUGGGUGAAGCAGAACAAUGCAGAAAAGAGAAACAUGGUCACCUUGCCAGUGUAUCUGAACUUCACCCGUACAGACCUUAUCUUCACCGUGGACUUUGACAUCGCCACCAAGGAAGAUCCACACAAUUUCUAUGAGCGUGGUGUGGCCAUUCUCUGCACCGAGUAAAUGAUUGCUUUGUGUCACAAAAAUGAAUCAUUACUAAUCAUUUAACCAUAUGAUUCUUUGUAGCUUAGAUACUUGUGUAACCCAGUAUUUGUGGAAAUGUAGUGUUGAAAUGUAACAGUUCAUUAUAAAUGUAACGGUUUGUUUCUCAUAAAAAAAAAAGAUUAGAAAAUAAGGGAGGUGUUAGUAGAUGGAUCUGUGCACUGUUAGGAGGGUUUAAAAAAAGUAGGGUUUUUAAAAGAAGGAAACUGUACGUGUUUUAAGAUGGAACAAUGAAUGUUGAUUAAAGGUUAGCAUGUUGGAUGGUUUCAAACAAC